UCUUACCAUAGACCGCUAUCUACACUCGAGGAGAUUCACGCACCAUCAACACAUUAUCAUGCCGAGGGAACGCAGACUUCGUGGGAUCAAUUCAAGCGCAGUUCGCCAUCGCAUCAGUUUUGAGGACGAGGAUAUUGACAUUGAGAGUGUGCUUGAGAGGACGAAAACUCGAGUGUUCGAGAUAAUUAGGGAGCAUGCGGCACGGUAUGAUGCAAAUGUUAAGUGGUACAUAGUGCUUAACGUUUUAUUGUAUAAAUUAGUGGUGCUGGAUGACAAGGUUGAUGAGUCUGUUUCAUCUCUAAUAAAUCUACAUAGUUACUCCAACAUAGCGCUGAACGUGCUUGAGAACUAUGAAGAUUUUAAUGAUAUCAUGCCGAGGGAACGCAGACUUCGUGGGAUCAAUUCAAGCGCAGUUCGCCAUCGCAUCAGUUUUGAGGACGAGGAUAUUGACAUUGAGAGUGUGCUUGAGAGGACGAAAACUCGAGUGUUCGAGAUAAUUAGGGAGCAUGCGGCACGGCAUAAUUUAGCCGAAACGACUGAACAAGGAUGCACUCUUGUGCAUCAAUCUGCUAGAGCUACCGGUACCUGGUCGUGGGAUCGAAUGCCGCCGACAGACAUGGAUAUUUGA